AUGCCUUGUAUAUUUCCAUUGGACGUGGCACUCAAGAAGCCCUUGCCAGGAGGAGCAGUUUUUAGAAAGUGGAGCCCAGAGUCAGAUAUUGGAGGCCUACAGAGACUGGAUUCCGCAUACGCAAGCAUAGAGGAACAUCUCAACGAGACGCUGAGGCAACGGAGGCAUUCCGGGGACGACGACUACAACAUUGAAGUACUUCUCGGGGUAGAUGACUCAGUUGUCCGAUUCCAUGGCAAAGAACACGUCCAGAACUACCUCCUGACCCUGAUGAAUAUU